AUGGCUAGUGGAGGUUUGAUCCUGGGAAGCUUACCCAUAUUUGAUGGAAAGGGCUAUGAUGAUUGGUGUGUAAAGAUGGACGCUAUUCUUGGAUUUCAAGAAAUUGAUGAGGUCGUGAAAGUGGGUUUCAAAGAACCACCCAAGAAUGCUGAUGAAGAAGUCAAGAAAACAUACAAGGGGAUGAAGAAGUUGGACUGUAAGAAAAUCUCAAAAGCUGUUACAGCAAAAGAAGUUUGGGAGAUCUUACAAAAUGGGUAUGGAAAUUCUGGGAAAAUGAAGAAGGUGAAACUGCAAUCCUUGAGAAGGCAAUAUGAACUUCUCUCUAUGACAGAAAAGGAGACUGUGGCAGAGUAUUUUGACAGAUUACAGGUGAUCACCAAUGCCAUGAGAGCGUGUGAUGAGAACAUAGAAGACAACAGAAUUGUAGAGAAAGUUUUGAGGACUUUAACUCCACGAUUUGACCACGUUGUGGUGGCCAUAGAAGAGUCAAGGGAUCUUGAUGUUAUGACAAUAGAAGAACUGCAAAACUCUCUUGAAGCACAUGAACAGAGAGUGAAUGAAAGGAAGAAUGGUGAGAAGGUGACUGAACAGGCUCUACAGGCCAAGGUGACUUAUGGAGUUAGAGGCAGAGGUAGAAGUGGCUGGAGAGGCAGAGGUAGAGGAAGGUCUAGAGGCAGUUCUAGAGGCAGAAGUGGUGGCAGAAAUAGUGAAACAGAGACCUAA